CACGCAAAUGUUGGCCAACAUCCAUUUCACCUUGAAGCGUUGAAACAAUCGCAGCCGCAACAAUCGCACGGAACAACCCAACGACAUGAAGCAGGAACUGGUAGUGCUGCUACUGGUUCUCGGUUGGAGUUCCGCAGUGAUGGUCAAACAAGCGUCGCAACCCGUGGCCAACCCGUCCAAAAACAGCAAACGGGAGCUGCCACAUGGCGCCAGUGAACAGCUGGAAUCGUCCCACCUGUUCGAUACCCACCAUUCGGAAGCCCACCACCAGUACGGCAACAAACUCUUCAAGGAGGUCACCAUCACGAAGAACAUCCCCGUCCCGUACCCGAUCAAGAUCGAGCGCCACGUGGCCGUCCCGGUGCAGAUUCCCUUCCCCGUUGCGGUCCAGAAGAAGAUUCCGAUCGUGGUCGAGCGGAAAAUCCCCAUCUACGUCGAGAAACCGAUCCCGGUGCAGGUGGAUCGUCCCUUUCCAUACCCGUUGCCGAUCGAGGUCCCCGUGUUUCACAAAGUGGCCGUAGAAGUGCCCAAACCGUACCCGGUGCACGUGCCUAGCCCGUAUCCGGUGUACAUCGAGAAGCCAAUGUAUGUGGAAGCCAAGAGGAAAAGGGUGACCAAUAGUAACAAAGUGAAGUUGAUGAAACAUAGGCAUUGAUGGGAGAUUAGUGAAUAACAACGAAACAAGUAUUGCGAUCGACUUUCGACAGUGAGUGGAUCUGUGCUAGUUUUAAUAUUUAUUUAUCGUAAAAUGUUUUAAAUUAAGUGAUAGAA